AUAGAUCGAGGACGAUAAAAGGCAGCAGAUAUCCCAUUAUCGCUGAACUCAACUCUCCUGCUGGCACGCCGGCAGCACCCAGCACCGAGCACUUCCCGUCUUCCCUCUUCACCAAAGCAAAACCCUCGUUUUGGUUUCCAGCAUCAAACUCGUUGGGUCAAAAUGAAAGGCUCAACCAUCCCCUUGCUUUUUGCCGGAGUGACGUUGACAGCAGCGUACCCCAUCACCGGCGACGUUGUCAACUGUCGUUCUGGGCCGGGCACCAGCUACUCGGUCGUGAAACAAUACACGCAGGGCCAAGAUGUCACGAUUACCUGCCAGACCGAAGGUACCAACGUCAACGGCGUCACCAUCUGGGACAAGACAGCAGAUGGCAACUGCUAUGUGUCAGAUUACUAUGUGCAAACGGGGGUCAAUGGUUAUGUGACAGGGAGAUGCAGCGGGGCUUGCACAACUCCAAAGUCCAACCAGGCAACGGUGGAUCUCAUUGCCGAAUUUGAAGGCUUUGAGCCCAAUGUUUGUAUGUCUUCUUGGUUUGCCUUGGCUGUUAUAUUCAAGCAUUCUGACAUGAGAGGACAGACAUCGAUCCUACUGGAAAUCCAACCGUCGGCUAUGGCCACCUCUGUCAGCAAGCUGGCUGCGCUGAGGUGCCGUAUCCAAUCCCGCUCUCCCAGGCUGAUGGCAAGAGGCUUUUGGCGAACGACAUGGCGCGUUUCGAGCAAUGCAUCACAGCCAUGAUUACAGGAGCCACACUCAACCUGAACCAGUACGGCGCCCUCAUUAGCUGGUCCUUCAACAUGGGCUGUGGUGCUGCCCAAACAUCGACUCUGGUGGCAAGGCUCAACAGGGGCGAAAAUGUCAACACUGUUUUGGCACAGGAGUUGCCAAGAUGGGUGUAUGGGGGCGGAGUGGUGCUUCCUGGGCUCGUGAGAAGGCGAAAUGCAGAAAUCGCGCUUGCACAGACGGCAGGCAGUGGACCAGCGUUGCCAGUGCAGUGUUAGAUAUCUGUUUUGGGUACACGUAAUGGGAAGAAAUAAACGAACUUGUGGUA